AUGCCGAUCACCUUGAAAAACCUUCUCUUAAGUCUUAGUCUCCUUCUCUUCGUUACUCUGUUCAUUGGCACACACGCUACUGAUACUUCGUCUACUAACCAGCUGAAUAAUGUUCCAAAAGAAGAAUCGAUGGAAACUCAUCGUUAUAUGGCCAAACGACGAUUUCUACCAACGCGACGUGAAUUAGAUGAAUAUCUCAAUGAUAGCGAUGACAAUGAAUCUCACUUGAAUGUCAAACGAUACUUUUUAAAAUCCAAACGGUAUUUUCUUAACAGUAAACGAAAUGAUGUGAGAUGA